AUGGAGGCGCAGGAGAGCGGUGGUGGCACGGGCGAGUGCGGGGCCCAGGACGCUGCUCCAGGCCCUAGCAAGGCCCCCGGCAGCGCCGGCCACUACGAGCUGCCGUGGGUUGAAAAAUAUAGACCAGUGAAGUUGAAUGAAAUUGUUGGGAAUGAAGACACCGUGAGCAGGCUGGAGGUCUUUGCAAGAGAAGGGAACGUGCCCAACAUCAUUAUCGCUGGCCCCCCGGGAACCGGCAAGACCACCAGCAUCCUGUGUUUGGCACGAGCCCUGCUGGGCCCAGCUCUCAAGGAUGCAGUUUUGGAGCUCAAUGCCUCAAACGACAGGGGCAUCGAUGUUGUGAGGAACAAAAUCAAAAUGUUUGCCCAGCAGAAAGUCACCCUGCCCAAAGGACGGCACAAGAUCAUCAUCCUGGACGAAGCAGACAGCAUGACUGAUGGAGCGCAGCAAGCCUUGAGGAGGACCAUGGAGAUCUACUCCAAGACGACCCGCUUUGCUCUCGCUUGUAACGCGUCAGAUAAAAUCAUAGAGCCCAUCCAGUCCCGCUGCGCCGUCCUCCGCUACACGAAGCUGACCGACGCCCAGAUUCUCGCCAGGCUCCUGAGCGUCAUCGAGAAGGAGAGUGUGCAGUACACGGACGACGGCCUGGAAGCCAUCAUCUUCACCGCCCAGGGCGACAUGAGGCAGGCUUUGAACAACUUGCAGUCUACUUACUCGGGAUUUGGCUUCAUCAACAGUGAGAAUGUGUUCAAGGUCUGUGACGAGCCCCACCCCUUGCUGGUAAAGGAGAUGAUCCAGCAUUGUGUGAGCGCCGACAUCGACGAGGCCUACAAGAUCCUUGCUCACCUGUGGCAUCUUGGCUAUUCCCCAGAAGACAUCAUCAGCAACAUUUUUCGAGUGUGUAAAACCUUCCAGAUGGCAGAAUACUUGAAACUGGAGUUUAUCAAGGAAAUUGGAUACACGCAUAUGAAAAUAGCAGAAGGUGUGAACUCCCUUCUGCAGAUGGCAGGGCUUCUGGCCAGGCUGUGUCAGAAGACAAUGGCCCCAGUGGCCAGUUAG